GUUUGUUUGUUUUUUUUGUGUAAUAUUCACUACACAUUUUUAGAUUGUGCCGCUUGUAUUGGAAUAGAUGCUGAAUAUUAUCCAGAUAUUCAUUUCACUCUUGUAAUUGAACAAUGAUGUUCUUGGAUAAUGAAUGACUAUUAUAUUACUGGAAAGAAGAGAGAGUAAGCUCAACAAUAACAAUCAGUUGGGUUAGAGGCAGUAAUUGAAUGAAGAAGGUAAGGUGACCGACGGCGCUGAGAGGUGAGCUAAUGAUGCGUUCUGUGGGGUGGAUUUCAAGUCGAAGGUGUGAGUGAGGGUUGUAAAGUUUUGGCAGCAGUGCGCAUGCGCGAAGGUGGCUGACUGCCGCCACCGGAGGCGGCUCAACUCACUGCCAGUCUACAGCCGGAAGCGGCAGCGGUCACACGCACGCACCCACACCGGCGCGCACUCGCUUACGUCACACCGACCACGUGGUCACAGCGCGCCAAAAUCUCUCUCUUUUCGCGGUUUUUCCAAGUACCGUAGCAUACACGGUGUGUUAAUAUUCAAGUAUACUAUGUAGAGUACAAAAUCCGAGUUUUUCUUCCGUGUUCCAUUUGUACCAGAGUCUACAGGCGAGUUGUCACUCAUCAAAUGUCUCGACGCAAGCAGGCUAAACCACGUUCUCUGAAAAGAGAUGAAGAUGAUUGGCCUGAAGGAAAACCCGAGACCGUCAUCGGUGAAGGUGAGGAGGUUGAAAACAAGGAUCAAGAGGAUGACGACGAUGAAGCAGAAGAUGCAGAUGAGGAAGAUGCGAUCGCUCAAGGGACGCCACAUUUUUCGACAGCAGAAGAUCAUGCUUGCGACGGGCUACAUGAUGAUCAAGAGAACAGCCUUGGUUCAGAAGCACUGGGCAGCAGCGGUACGGAGGGAAGCAGUGGAGGAGGCGGCGACUCUUGGGUGAGCGGCGAGGAAGGCGGCAGCUCAUGUGCGACCCCCAACUCGGGGGCGGGAGACUCGCCACCCUCCGACCUCGCCUUCACGGUCGGCGUCACCGAGGGCACGCCUUAUGCCUGCCAGUUCUGCGACAAAGCCUUCCCCCGCCUCUCGUAUCUCAAGAAGCAUGAACAGACUCACAGCGACCAAAUGCCAUUCAGAUGCGAGUUCUGCAGCCGCUUAUUCAAGCACAAGCGGAGUCGCGACAGGCACAUCAAGCUGCACACGGGCGACAAGAAGUACAGGUGCACCCAGUGUGAAGCCGCCUUCUCCCGCAGUGAUCACCUGAAGAUCCACAUGAAGACACACGACAACCAGAAGCCGUUCCAGUGCACAGUGUGCAACCGGGGCUACAACACGGCAGCCGCCCUCACCUCCCACAUGCAGAACCACAAGAAGGCCUCCUCCGUCUCCCCCUCCUCCUCACCCCACCCUACCAACACAUUCAAGUGCCUACAAUGUGCCGAGCUGUUCAGGAAGCCCGAGGAGUUGCAGGCUCACAUGGCCAGCCACCACCAAGUGGAGCGUUCGCCAACCCCCUCUUCAACCCCCCCUGGAAUGCAGCGCCCCUCAAACGUUCCCUCACGUCUGCCCUUCCCCCUCCCCCGCCUCGCCUGCAUGUACUGCACCAAGGACAACUUCAGCACCAUGGAGGCCCUCCAUCUACAUGUGCAAGCUAUGCAUGGCUCAAUUCUGAACGGUGACCUGUCGCGAGUGAGCACUCCAACCAGCCAGACCUCCCAGGAGUUGAACAGUCCGUCGCCGCUGACCGUUGCCUGCGACCUUUGCACGAUGCGCUUCGGCAGUCUGUCUGCGCUUCACAAGCACGCCCUAGCCACACACGGCUACCGACCGAGCAAGGAUCAUCAGCAGCCUCUCUACUGCGUUCAGUGCGCGAUGACAUUCCCCACGCCUGCCCUGUUCGCCGAACACUACGUCCUGUUGCACGGCUUGGCGCUCGCCGAACAGCUCAAGCCCACCGACCUGUCGUUGGCCAAGAGGCCGACGCUUGACGAGCACGCUCACUCCAGGAAGAGGGCCAGGCAUGCCGAGAAUGGUCACGGCAACAGGCAUCAGCCUAUGGAGACCAAUAAUCCAAUGUUUAAUUUCCAAAAACCAAAUUUCUUGAUUCAGGUGCACUUUGCGGUGAAGCACAGCAACGAGACGAAGGUGCUGCGUUGUACGGGCUGCCAGGGUGGUCAGGGGUCACAGUUCCACUCAGAGCAGGAGUUUGCCGCUCACAUUCGCACUUGCCACCUGCCUCCCCCUCCUCCACAACUUCCCCCUCCCCCACCCACCGCUGCCUUCCUCCAGCAACACCUCAUCGCAUCCGAUCAGAAGUCAUCCCUUCUAUCACAGUUGGUGCGCUGCCUAUUCUGCAGACUGAGCUUCAGUUCUGAGUUGGAGCUGCAGCUGCAUCUGGCUGUUCACACGAAGCAGCUGCACUGCCCGCUCUGUCCUCAGACUUUCCACGUAGAGUUCCUGCUGGACAGGCACAUGCAAACUCAUCACACUGUUCAGACUGCCAUGAACGGAGAGGACCACGACCAAAAACCCCUGCCAACAACUCCAAACAAGACGACCAGCGGCGGAUCAUCAUCAAAUCGCAACUGCAACUCAGCAAACUCCGACGGCAGUGGUGCUAAAAACGGCAACAAUGCAAUCAUUCCAAACGGCAAUACUAACAAUAACAACAGCAAUAUCAACAACAAUAACAACAACAACCUGAGCAGCAACAACAACAGCAGUUCGUGUGAGCUUUGUGACCGAUCGGACUUUUCAAGUGAGGCGGAGCUGGCGGCCCACCGUAAGCUCAUACAUCACGUCAAAACACAAACUGCGUCUGCGCCUUCAUCAUCUUCAUCUGGAAAGGUGAGCCUUCAUUGUGCUUACUGCAGUGAGAACUGCAAGUCGAGAGCCGAGCUUGAGAACCACAUGAAGACACAUUCUCAGGGUCCAGCCACGUCAGGAAAGCAUAAGUGCAACAUAUGCGAUGAAAUCUGUCCAUCUGCGUCCACAUUGGCUGAGCACAAACUCACACAUUGCAAGGUGAUAAACGGCUCAUCGUGCACCCAGUGCAAGGCAUCGCUGAGCAACGAAGACCAGUACCUGGAUCACCUUCGCCAGCACAGCUGUCCCUCCCCCACCCCUUCUCCCACCCUCUCCCUGCCCACCCCUUGUGUCGUCUGUCGGCAGACGCUCGUCUCUGAGAUGGAGGCCCGCAUACACGCCAGAUUCCAUCUGCAACAGGUCGAGGCGCAGGCUCAGUGCUGCUCUUGUUUACAGGGCUUUGAAAGACGAGAGCUGGUUGGUGGAUUGUGCCGGGACUGCUACAACAAGCACGGCAAGUCGGCCUCUCCCACGAGGUGCCCCGAGUGUCAGCUCAAAUUCGAGACUGGACCAGCUCUAGAGGCGCAUCUCGCAUCCGUCCACAGCAAAGCCUACCAGUGCGUCAAGUGCCAGCUAAGCUUCGACAGCGAACGAGAGAUCCAGCUGCACGUGGCUUCUCACCUCCUAUCAGAGGGCGCUCUACCAGGCGUAGGUCAGCCGGCACCAGGCACCCUACCAGGAGCAGGAUCAGGCGAGGAAUGCCGCCUCUGCCUCCGCGUGCUCCCCUCCCGGCUGCAGCUGCAGACUCACCUGAUCGAACACACGUUCGCCGGCUGCUCCACGUUCACCUGCUACCUGUGCAGUGCUGUGUUCACGGCCGCACACGGCCUGCAGUCGCACAUGAUGGAGCACGGCCCGGACGCACGGCCCUAUGACUGCCCUCGCUGUCCACUCAAGUUCUUCUUCCGUGCCGAACUCGACAAUCAUAGCUACACACACCUUGACGAGAGUGACAAGGAGCAAAGGGUGGCCACACCCUCACACCAUCGACAGCAGAACAAAUCGCCGACGGGCAUCGCAGCUGAAUCACUUCAAAGGGAAGUCAAGCAGGAAAUCAAGGAGGAAAGCGGAAGGGAUGAGGAAGACAGGGGGGAAGACGAAGAUGAUGAAGAAGAACAAAUUGAUGUUGAAGAGGGAGAAGCUGAUUCUUUACACAAACCUAGGUGCUCAGACUAAAUAAUACAUUUUGUAUUAUCAAUUAAUCAGAAUAAACUUCAAAGUUAAAAGUAACAGACUGCAACCAUUUUAAACGUUUUUAACGGCGAGAGAAACUUAUGCAUAAGAGAAUCAAGUUUCCAGAUUUGUUUUUAUGAUGGACAAAAUCUCUGAGUAAUAUCGUACUAUAUUUAUUAUCAAAAAUAAUUAUGCAUCAAGUCUAUAUGAAUUAUAAUAUUUUAUUUCUUAUUCUUCAUUGUUCAAAUUACCGUAAGGUUUUUGUGGGGAAAAAAGUUAUGAUCAUUAUUUCAAUAAUUUCAGAGUUCAAGCUUUUGCAAUAAACAAUAGAUAACCAGUAUUCUAAAUACAAAAUUCCAAUCCAAUCAGAAACUGAUCUGUUGAAAAGGUUGAAUCACAUGGAAUUCCUAAUUUUCGUGUGCAUGAGAUUAAAAGUUUAAUUAUUCAGUUUCGAGGGAAACCCUUAAAAAAUACGGUACUCUAGUGUUUUAUUACUAUCUUAAUGGGCAAUAUUUUCUCGGAAAUAGAUAACUAAGUUGUAUUUAGAAACAGUUUUUCUCUCCUGUACAGAAAAGAUUAAUGCAUUUUGAGAUAGGUUUUCACAAACUCUGCACUAAUAAUUGUUAAUGACACACACUGCAUAUAAUGAAUGAGUAUCAACUAUUACCGUAAAUAUGAAAGAAUAAUCAAUGACUUUCCAAGUCAUAUCCAAUUUUCACAACCAAAUCCGCCCAUGUUAUGACAAACCAUCUACUCGUAAUCUUUCUAGGAUCCCUCAGCUUUGUAUAUUAACUUUGUUUGUGUAGCACACUUGAUAGAUAAAAUUGUAAAUUCUGAUCCCAUUUCCUGAAGUUCGGUGUUGGUCAUAUGUAAAUAUUUAUCGCUUAAUAACGUGAUUUUUGGUAUUUUAAAUAAAUUUGUUUUGUAUAGAUAAUGUUUGGAAUGUAAAUAUGUCCAUUUUGUAGUCGAAAAUGCUCAAAUAAGGAAAGAUAGACUUUCAGAAAGUGUUAUCAUAUUAUUAUGAGUAUAAUGCACUUUUGGUGUAAUGCAAUAUUGUGAAUAGUAAUCCACUUUGAGAAUUUUUAUCGAUGUAAUUUUACAAAUCACAGAAAUUUGUGAAGAUUUUUAUUUUAAAAAUUCAUUUUUUAAUUUUCAUUCGAAAUUCCUUAAUCAUAAAUUCCGUAUUUGCGUAUUUUUACUGGAAACUCUCAGAUACCAAUACAGUAUAUAAGUUAUCUCUAAUGUAAGCACAUUGCAAUCCUAUGAAACUGAACUCUGUCGAAUAGAUUAUUCAUAUUUAUACACUGGUGUUUUAAAACCUUUUUAUUUUGAUUUCAUCAACAAGAUCACGGCAAUGAUUAACUAAAUAAAUUAAAACUAGCAUACUGAUCUUUAUUUAUUUUUAUAUGUAUUUUCAAUUUUUUAUUUAUUAUUUUUUGUUCUGUUGCUCUGAUGUUCAAGGAAUUCUAAAUGCUUGAAAACAAUACUCAGCGAUUACUUUUCAAAAGCGAAAUUAAAUAAUGGAGUGACUCCUAAUUUAAAAGUUAUUGGAACAUAAUCUCCAAAUUCCAAAUACAGUAACUUACUAGCACUAAAAAAUAGUGGAAUAAUACAUAUAAUUCAGUACGUUAUUCAACAAGCCUUCAAAAAAAAACGUACAAACACAUUGAAUCAUAAAAAAAAUAUAAUUCAUUGAAAAUAAUAAUUUGUUUGAUUCAUUGCUUAUAAAAAUAGUUUGCUGGGAAAUUUCUCUUCGUCUAUAUAUCAUUUUACAGCUCUUUCAAACAAAAAUAUCUUGUCGAUCUACAAAUAUGUUUUUCAAGUAGAACAAUAAUUUUCAGCUUUGAAUAGCUAAUCACUAAUCAAUAACUGGUGAGGAUUCAUUUGAGUGUCACUGUACCUAUCACCUAUUUGUUUUCAGCAAUAAUUAUUGUAACCGAUAAGAGUAAAAUAUUAAGUCACUUUGAACACACCUUUCACAUGAACUUAUUCCCCUGAAAAGAUAGACAAACAUAACUGUGAUUUAUUAGAAUAUUAACGAUUUUUUCAUUGUAUAUUAUACUUAUUAUUACUGAUCCAUUACUGAUCCUCCUACUGUGUUUGAGCAUCUAUCAUUGUUGUUUAUGCAUAUCAAUUGAUGUCUACAUUUGUAGAUCUGUUGUUUAUUUGAUGUUGUUGUUGAAUAGUAAUUAUAUUGGCUUGAUAUUACUACUGAGUCGACUUGUGGAGCAAGAGUUUUUUGUUGUUGAAUAAGUUUGUUGAUUCUCAAGAACUGUGUUAAAUCUGUUACUUGUUUUGUUUGUUCUGAUGAUCAUUUCAAUAAUUAGAAUGAUUGAUUUUUUUAUAAAAUUGAAGCAAAAUUUCAACUAUAUCAAUUCAGCUUCUUUGGUGCUCUACAGUAUAUUAUUUGAAAAUAAGUUUG